AUGGGCGAAGACAUGUGGAGGCUCUGGUUCACGAAACUGCUAAUCCUAGCGAUCCUGUUGCUCUCCGUUGACGUGGAAACGCGAUCCCAGGAUAAUGGAUCGUUAACAGAAAUUAGAGCACCUAGGAUAGAAAGGGAUCUAGAGGAUGACUAUCCUCACGACUACCAGCUAACCAACCCUGAUAACGCACGCGAUAGUAGUUGGUCGUCCAGGAUUCUCACUGGCGACGACUACUUCGAAGAGGCGCCGAGAAAACGAGUCAGAAUACGCGUGCCCGUGGUCAGAAAGAACGGAAGACAGCAUAAGUUGACUGUCGUUAGACGCAGACCUCUGGCGCCUAGAACUGAAGAGCCUUCUUCUUCCUUUACGACCGCCAGUCAUACACCUAGAAGGAUCGUGGUGACCCGAGUUAGGACUCUCGGCCUGGCUAACUCUAUUCAGAGUGAUCUGGAGCCUGAGAACUUUCGACCAGAGAUUGGACGGCACAAGGUCACGAUUACUAGAAGAAGAAAACUCGAAUCGACUAGCGUUUUACCGACGACUACCGAGAAGAAGGCUAGAAUCACCAGGAAGAAGCUAAUUGCCGUUAGACCCGUCCAACCGACACCCAGUUUCGCGAUUAUCACCACUGGGUUCUUCACUCCUUCCUCGGAGUACGAUGAGGAAUAUGCUGAAGAGGGAGAGGAAGAAGAAGAAGAAGAAGAGAGUAAGGGAGACGUUACUUCUACAGUCACUCCUGAGUUGAAGGAACCUCCUAAUGUUAUUGAUAGCAAACCUGAGGAUCUAGAAACUGAAGAUAAGGUUGAAGAAAGUACAUUGAAAGUACUGGAAGAAACAACUACAGAUACACCUGUAAUCAUUACUACUAACUUCUUCUUCCCGCCUUCUGAGGAUGAGUACGAAGCGUAUGAUGAAUACCCGGAAACGACAACUGAAAAUGUUAAAGAUGAUGUUUCAACAACGACCAAGUCAGAGGUUGAAGAUGUAUCAUUUGAUAAAGAAGAAAUCACAACCACGACAGAAGCUCCUGUUGUAUCUGAGAAAGAAGAAACGACGACAGAAAUGAUUGAAACAACGACUGAGAAGUCUGAUGAAUUAUCGACUGUUAGAUCAACUGAAGAUUCAAUUUCACUGGAGAAAGAUGAAGAGAUAAUUGCGGAAGAACAUGCGACUAUUAAGUAUCCUGCAACUGAAGAAGAAAAUGAAGAAAAUCAACGCGAAACGACAGAAUCGGUGCAAACAACUGAUGCAGACGUUCCUGAGGAACAGUUUGAGACAACUAUAAUACCUGAAGAAGAUACUACAAGUGCUGAAAAAGUAGAAACUGAUGGUAAUACUGAAUAUCCAGAAUCAGAUGAUCAUGAAACUCAAAUUGAAUUUGUAAAUGACGACGAAAAAGAAGAAGAAGAAGAAGAAGAUAUUGACUCUCAUGUUACAACAAUUUCAACUGAAGUUGAAGAUUCUUCGACGAAAGAUACUGAAGAUUCCCUGGAAAAAGGAAUCGAAUCUCACGUUACUACACCUGAAACCGAAUCCGAAGAACAUGAAGAUUCCAGCAAGAAGAUCGAGCCUAAAAUUACAGUAACUCAAACUGAAUCUAAAGAUGCUGAAGACCCUCGAGAGAUUGAACCUCAAGUAACAAUAACUCAAACUGAAUCUAAAAAUACAGAAACCAAGGAUUCUUCAUCAAAAUACCCUGAAGAGUCUCUUAAGACAGACACAAAAUCCGACACUGCAAUCUCAAGCGUGAAACCAGAUACGGUAGAUAAAAAUCUAGAAAAGACUCCAGAAACAACGAUAAAACCUGAAGAAAAGGAGGAGAUCCAGACGGUGAAACCAAUACAACCAACUAUCGAACCCUCUUCGACAUCACCCCCCGUUUCUCCACCUUCCUCUGAAGUAUUUUCCACAUUCGCGAGUGUCCUGCCUCUGGAGACGUCUCGAUCAACGUCUCACGACUCCUCGAGCCCGAACAUGUUCGACGACAUCGAAAUACCGAGCGUGAUUCCCCUGGAGGUCGACUACACCUGGUCCGAAACAAAGAAGACCUCGGUGGUACUCGAGGUCACUCCUAGCCUCGAUUCGUCGAAGGUGGCCACGUCGAUCUCCUCGCCAACACCCGAGGACAUCGAGGCUGGAUUAGCUGACGACCUUUAUCUGUCCCUUUCGAGACCGGACUUCCCUGAAAUUUUACCCUCGAAACCCGUGACCGACGUGCACGAGACGCAAUCCACGCCCGACCUUGAACCGAGCACGAGCGUUUAUUAUACAGAGACCGUGGUGACGUCGACGCGAUUAAGGACGUACACGUACGUGGUGACGCAACUGAACGGACUGGAGACAAAAGUGACCUCCUCGACGACCGUCAGACCGAGAGUGACGACCCUUACGUUGACGGUGCCCGUCACCGUGACUGUCACUCCUACCGUGGAGACAACGAAACCCGUGUCGUCUGUGUAUAGUCCAGUUCCUGUUGCUGGAGAAUACGAAGCGAAAGAUGAAGAAGGUCGAAGGUUCAACUUGGCAACUCGUGUCAUGUCGAACGGAGUGGAGGUGAUCGUCGCCGGUCCGACACCGGCGUUACGAUGGGAGAAUUCUGUGCCUCAACCUACGCUGACAUUGUCCGACACGGUUGUCAUGAUGCUUCCUCAAGAUAAGCCCAAUGAAUUUGUUACCAAGACGUGUACCACCACCUUCACUUACUUAACUACAAUUACCAAGGACGGUACCACUACUAUAUCCACGGAACAACAGGUGAUAGCCAACACAGCGACGGAGGAACGUCACCGGAAACCAGGCUCAGAGACAGCAGCAGUCACCCUAGAUGCGUCGCCAACUCUACGGACAGAAGUCUUCAAAACGACCUACACCUACUUAACUCUAAACACUGAUCAUUCGAACAUAAACGAUGCUUUAGAGAGCAGCACGAAAGUUAUAGCAAACACUGUUACCGCUCCACAACAUUAUUUGCACAUGAUCCUUGAACCAUCGGAAGCGCCACGACCGGAAACGAACACAUAUCUCAGCACCAGGAUGCUGGAGAAGACCUUCAUGGAGGAUGGGCGAACCAGAAUCGAAACUACCAGCGAUACUGUCACUCAGCUGAUAAUCACAGAAUCUGCACCACCUCCUCGUCCAACCAGUGUAACAACCACUUUGACAGCAUUGGAUAGUACGGAGGAAAGCAUGACCGAUCUGAUGAAGACGUACUAUAUCACUUAUACCUAUUAUAAUACCUUCUUGGAGAAAGGUAGUACGAUAGUUCGAACCAACGUCGCGACCUCGACCGAUGUUGUGCUGGAGAAAGUGCCUGUCAAGAAGACGACCACGAAGACAGCCUUGGUGAAUCCUACCCCGGAACCUAUACAGAUCUUCGCCACGAAGACGUAUUUGACGACAUUCACUUACUUCACCACCUUGCUUCAGGCUGGACCAGAUGGGGAGACCUCAACAACGAUCUCUUCAAGAUCUCAUAUAGUAGAAAACGUGGUCACGGAAUCAAUAGCACCAAGUUUACUGGAUGCUGGAUACAUGAAUGCUCUAUUGACCACUGCACAUCACUCUGAUCCAGUGAAGAACGUCGUAACAGGAUCGACGAUCAUCUUCUUCGACGAGGAGGAUCAGAUCGAUCCUACGACUACUAGUAGUUUCCAGGAAGCGACCUCUUUGAUGGAGCCUCAGAAGGAUGAAGCGAUUUCUGCUAGCUUGGUGUCCACGGAAGCGUCUUCGGUUGUCGGUGAACAGAAUUUGAAGCCUUCCGAGCAGAACAUUCAAGAACAAAAUGUGACAACUUCCGGGGAGACUGUUCAAAAUAAGAAGCCUGCUAGUCAGAACACUAGUGAUCUUCAAGUGAGCAAUCUUCUCAGUCUAGGAUCUUUAGGAAUAAAUAGUUUGUCCGCUCUUGGACCAGUCAUCACAGCUAUGGCGGGUUUGCUUCAAGGAAAAACGACGGCCAGUCGAAGAAACGACACGAUACCGCAAGCGGAAGUUCAGGAAGUAACCACGCAGAGGUCACCGAUUUACAUUCCUGUGGCUGAUUUCGUCGAAGAAGAUAUAGAAGCAGCUGAAAGCCAAAACAUCGGUGCCCACCUGGCGAACUUAAAUCACAACUACAUAGAAACGCGUCACAAAGUGGCGUCCAGUUUAGCAGACGGCAUUCCAAUCUCCCCAGGCGAAGUGAUCACCGCGAACAGCGACGUGAUAAUCGGUAAACCAGGAAAAAUGGCACCGAGACCACCUCAGACAUUCUUAGAAGACGAAGAGCACAUCGGUAUGAAGCCACCGCCAUUACCAGUUCCCAAUAUACCCGUUCAUCCUGUUCUGGAAAUCCUGGAGAACGAUCGAGACGACUCUCAGCCGCAACAAACUCUUCAGGGUCACAAAGGACCUCAGAUACAGAUAUACCCUGCUCAUCAAGUAUACGAAGAACACUUGAAGAUACCAGUGUCCAUGCCCAUCGACACGAAUCCAGGUUUGAUACCCAAACAACCUCAGAAAUUACAUUCUAUUCAAUCCUUACCACCAAAGAGGAUGGGUUCCAAGCAAGAUGUCCUGGAGAAUGAUCCUCUGUUGAAACCUCCGGAUAGACCUAAUGUCGAGCAGUAUGCAAAUCCGAAUUUGAAAUUGAACGAGCCGGAAUGGAGUCCUGACAAAUCGAGGAGACCAUGGAGCGCUAAGGAUCCUUUGAAACUUGCUCCUCCGCAUCCACACUUCGAUCAGAAGAUCGACUUGGCGAAGCCACCAAUGGAGAAACCAUGGUCCACGAUAUUAUCCGAGGAACAGAAACGACCACCAUGGGCCCAGAAAGAUCCCCUUAUCCCUAAUACUUCUACUGUUCUUCAAAGUUCAGAAGCAAAACCCAUUUCUGCAGAACCCAUAGUUCAUCAAGUGCCACAUGUUAUUGAUAGAUCGACGGGGCAACCUUUGUUGGUGAACAUUCAACCAAGCCAGGUGGCCAAUGUAGUGAUUCCUCAGGGUGGUACUCAGGCUUUGAUAUUUGGUGACACGAGUGAACCACACAUAAGUGGACAAUACUUUGAUGAUCCAUCUCCGUAUCCUGAAUCAGAAGUUGGAUUAGGAUUCGUUGGAAUUCAGGGGGUGGAGAAUCUGCCACAGUAUUCGAAUGGAAAGGACCCAGCUGACUACAUGGUGCCACCAUCUCCACCUCUAAAUUUCAAGAAUCCUGAGAAACAUCCUUCGCGACCAGUGAUCCCAUUGUCACCGGGUCGUUUUGAAUACGACAGACCACAGGAUAAACUGGAAGCUCCCGUGGGAAGACCCGAGAAGAAGCCAUCCGACGUCCACGUGAUCAAACAUCCUGAUGGUUCGAGUACACUAGGUGGACAAGGACACGUGCACACAGAGAUCCUGGUCCAUCAUAGGCCAGAAUCGGUGAACAUUCGUCCGCAAGGUGUUCCACAUCCUCCUCACGUGCAUUCUAACAAUCAUUUACCACCACGAAGUCAAUAUCCCAAGCUCCCAAAGCCUGCAGAUCCUAAUACUCCUCCAAGGAGGACAGAAAUGUCCACCAACCCAUCAGACAAUUCUCAUAGAUAUAUUCUUCUGGCGAAACCAGACUCUGGAAACGAGAUACUUUUGAAUACUAACUGGAAAUCGGAUAAGAAACCACCAAGAAUUCUAGUGAAUAAUAGGAUCAGGCCACGACCUCCAUUAAGAUCGACGACCAGUCGUCCUUUGGACAGGCCGAUCUAUAUUGAACGGCCGAAUGUGAGGAAACCUGUUUACAAUGUCCCUCAAAGACCCCCUGCGAAGAAUCAGAAUGCAAAUACCUUUGUACUGUCUCAUCGACCACCGCCGAAUCCUCAGAUUCAUCAUGAACCACCUAGGAUAACUACGGCUAAGCCUGGUGAUGGAUUGAAGGAGGUGGUCACUGAGAGGCCUUCUUUUGGACCUCGUCCUCAGAAUAUCGAUCUUCAAGAUAGGCCACCCCACUUCUACCCCGAAAACAAACGUCCAACGAAUGUUGUUCAGCUGAGACCUCAAGCUGAAAGAACAGAAGAGCAUCUUCCCACAGGAGCGAUAGAAUACCACAAUCCUUCCAAACCCAAGAUAAAACCUGAAACUACCAAGCCAGCGAUGAAUACUGAGAUUCCGAAUUUCGAUCAGAGUCCAUCGGACCAUCAAGGAAAACCAGAGACCUGGCAGAGUGGUACACAGACCGAGAAGACUUUGGAUUCCGAAACUGAUGCUUCAGAAGAACACGUGAAAUAUCAAGAUACAAUAAUCAAUCAAAAUAAUAAUUCUUAUACAAUCCCAAAACCAGUGGAACAUGAUCAUCAGCAGUAUGAAAAUAAGAAACCUGCUUGGUUGAAUCAAGGAGCACCAUUCACCCAGAAGAAUGUGCCCACGUCGACACAAGUACCAUAUGGGCCAACUUACUACAAUACCAAACUCCACGAGAUGCCGAUAGUCCAAGGAAAACCAUUUGGCGUUUACAGUGGACACGAGGAUGCAACGUCCUACGGUUACAAAUGGAAAGAGGGCAAACCUGACUACGAGAUAGUUGAAGGUGUACCUUCCACUUACUACGGUACCCAGAAACCAUCGGUGGAUCACAAAACGCAAGGUGAACACACAUCCACUCCACAGCCUCAUGAACGAGAUGACACCAUAGACCUGAAGCCUCCAGCCAUCAUCCCUCAAUUCAUGCCCGACUCUGAUAAACCUGGCAGACCUUAUCCCAGACCAUCUGUAGCAAACAAAGCGGAAACUAGACCUCCUUUCUACUCCAGACCGGAAGUUUCAACUCAGACAUCUGAAGCUAGACCAGAUCAGACGAAACAUUCCAAUGGGGAUAAACCAGGAACUCUGGAGUCUUUCACCAAUGAAAGUGUUUCUCAGGGAAACAAAGUGAAUCAGAGUCACCUGCAAUUAACUGGUUUUGUUGAUUUAAAUUGGGACAAUGGUGCGAAGGUUUCACAGACUCAGGAUAAUAGGACAGAAACCACGAAGACUCGCUUCAGGAAUAGUACUAUUCCUCAUAAAUCUGAAGAACAAUUACCUCAGUCAGACAUGGAGAUGAAUUCAGAAAAUCAUCGUCCUCCAGUGUCAUCCCAUCAACAAGAAUAUGGUCCCGGGACCAGGAUCCAUCCAGAGUACCCUCACAUCAUUACCAAACCCAAAGCUCAGGUACCUGGGCCGAUAACCAUCUCUAGUGAUCAUGGCAAACCUGAUACUAGACCAAAUAUAAGAAUCUCCAUGCCAGUGGAAGCGAUAGGUGAAGAAGUUGACAGUAAGACUCAAACUGAACGACCUCCUAGCAUGCUGAUCACGAAGAAUGAUUCCAUUGAUAAGAACAAGAAUGAUGAAACUUUAGAGACGUCUUAUCAGACGAACUUUGCAUUGUCAGACGCAAAUAAGGCUGAUUCGAACAAUGUUAGGAUUCGUCCUAUUGAAACAUCUACUGGAGACAUGUUGAGUAGCAUGGAGGGAAUGAGUGUGCCUUCCAGAGACAUGAUGCCACCACCUUUGAGGCCUGUUGUAACUUCCAAUCAGGUGAAUAACAACGAAGAAGAGGAUUUGAAGCCACCACCUAUACCUUCGAGAGAUGUCGUUGGUCUGUCACCACCUCCUGUUGAUAUCACUACUACUAAUAGACCUAUGGAGGAUAGAUUUUCAUUUGGGGUUGCAAACGAGUCUGGAUUAAAACCUCCCCCUAAGUAUAUCCCUUUGAAGGACGCCUCUGUGGCACCUCUGCCUAGUGUCAGCAUGGUACCACCUAGCCCUAGGCCUUCUGUCACCAGGCCUUUCAUCGUGGAACUACUUUCUCAGGACAUGGUACCACCCCCUCCAGUGACACAGACCACCAGACCCCUCGAGAUUGCCACUGUAAGACCGGCAGUGGCAGUGUCUGGAUCGAUCCAGAUCGCAACAGCAGUAGCCACGUCUCACAUCCCGGUGGUUCAGGAUAUCGAAUCGAAGAUACCGAUCAUACAUGGUACUGUCGAUCUUCCAGUUGUCGUGGACGUGCCUGAGAUUCUCAGACCGGUUGAGACAAGGAUGACGGAGCACGUUAGCAUCUACACCGUGAGGCCUUUCGACACGAGACCGGUGUCCAGAAUAUCGGUACAAUCAACCGCGAUACUUACCACAAAUAUGGUAAUUCCAACGAAACUGAGACCAUUGCAAGUGAACCAUAUCCAACCGAGCAGAUCCUCGUCCACGAGUCGAGAUGUUGAACCAACUAGAUCGCAUAACUUUGAGAUUCCCAGGAAUCCUGUGAAACGUCCAGAGCAUCCAGUCUUCCUGGAGUCUAGUUACGAUAAUACUCUACCAUCGACCAGGGUGGAAGCCACGGAAACAUUGACUCAGGUGAUCACGAGUCAGAAGAAAGAGCCACGCCCUACUGUGACUAAAAAUGAAAGCACCAAACUGGUUGUGUCGCAUACGACAGAAAGCAAACGGACGAAUGAGACAAGCGUGAAGGAUUCGUCUAGCGUGGUGACUAGGACUGACAGUUCAAUCGUGAAAGCAACGAGCACUUUAUUGAAAAAUGAUAGAACGAAUGGAUCGAUAAUCAAGAUGACGAAGAGUACAAGCAGUAGUACUGUGCGUAAGGCUGUUAAUGGAACUACGACUAUGCGCACGAAACCGAAAGAGGUCACUCGAUUCCAGACGUCAACCGUAACGAGAACGGAAACUUCGGUCCUGGGUUCUCCGCCAACUACAAGAACCCUGCUUCUCACCCAUACUAUGACAUCUACCACAGUGGAAACUGUAACGGAAACGCUGUUACGUCCGACGAGUGUUAUUUCUACGGUUACUUCUACUAUUCUACAAUCGGUGGUUACUAGGAUACCUUCGUCGUACGAGAAUGUGGUGGAUAACGAUUCGAUCUUCGUGGUGCUGAGUGAUCAGAAGCCACCGGCACCUGGCGCUGAAGAGGUAAAUCUAACAAACAGUCCUUUUAUAUUAAAUAAUGCAACGGUUUCAUGCAAAAUUUUCUUAUAGGUGGAGGCUGAAUAUGGAGAUGAUGUAUCAAGAGACGAGCAAGAUCCUGUUGGAAACGAGGUGCACAGAGUUCUGGCUGGUGGAGUUCUGGGAGCACCUGUGGUGUCCCUUCAACCUAUCUCCAAUCAAUGUGCACCCGAGUGCAAAGCCUCCAGGGCGGAAAUGUGUGCGGAAGUUGGAAACGAGUUGAGAUGCAUUUGUCGGCCAGGUUUCGCGAGGAUGUUCCCUGAUCGUCCUUGCAAACCUACUUACACUUAUACAUUGCGAGUUGGCCUGGAUCGAAUCGGACAUGAACCAGUGAGCUACGAAGCGAGCUUGAACGACUCAUCGUCCACACCUUAUAGAAGACUAUUAGGACCAAUCAAAGAUGCUCUGGAUCGAACUUUGAUGCAGAGUGAUCUAAGAGAUAUCUACAGAGGCCUCGAAAUAGCUGGCUUUACACCAGAUCCAACGAAAGUUGAAUUCCACGUUCAAUUAAGCGACAAUGCUAAUGAAACUAGGUUGAAAGAGGUUCUUCGGAAAUAUUUGAUUAAUAGUAACUAUAGCUUAGGUGGAACUGAAGUGUAUGCCUCGAAAAACCUUGACGUGAUUGAUGCAACUGAUUUCGACGAAUGUAGGACAGAAGAAGGUGGUCCCCAUCACGAUUGCUCGCAAAACGCAGCUUGCUUCAAUUUACGUGGAUCGUAUCAGUGUUCGUGCAAGGAGGGAUGGGCAGAUUUGUCCGAGAAUCCUACGUAUCCUGGUCGUGUCUGUUCUCAGGCUCCCCUGGGAUGUCCUAGUUGCAACAACAAGGGACACUGUGUCACGAACACAAACGGUCAGGAAGUCUGCGAGUGUUUCCCGUGGCACAGUGGUCAACGUUGCCAGGUUAAUCUGAAGGUGUUACUGAUAGCUCUGGUUACGACCGGGGCGAUACUGCUGGGUCUUCUAGCGGUGUGCGUGAGUAUGGCCUGUUUCCGUCAGCCGAAUCGAAGACGAAGAACAGGCGACAGAAGGGCGAUGAUUCCUGGAACUGGGGGAGAUACCAGCAGCGAGGGUAGCGUGACGGAUCUGGCGAUACCUCACCAUGUGCCCCAUGUUCUACCCCCACCACCGCAGAUGAUAGCACCGUUGCCGCCCUCUAAAAGGCCAGCUCGCAAGAUCAGUGGUAAACCGAGACAUCCGCCGAGGAAAGCUACCAUGGUUCCUGCGACAGUUCCAGUGAGCGACGAGCAAAGAGACCGUUCGUUGACAGUGAUGAUUCCGCGUGCCAAGUAUCGAUCGGCGCCUCAAUCACCGCAAAACUAUAAAUCCGGCAUGAGUACCUUCUCGACCGAGGAGCACAAACUGCUUAAUUAUCUCGACAGCGGUACGCAUAACACCGGAAACCGGAAGCAAAGCGUAUGCAGUACGAAAGAUUGCAAGGAAACUGAGGUGCAGGUGGUCAGGGCACCAGCUGCACCCAGCGGAGCUCUCGUUAGUGCGGGUUUUCAGGUGUCAGCGACAGUGACACGAACAAUGGACGCCGAUUCGACGUUGGCCAGAUCCUGCGGGGAGACCACAGUGGAAACAGCAACGAAGGUUCUACGAACCGGUGAUCUUCAGGGUGAUCUUUGCUCGACGCUGGCUCGUUCCUGCGGGGAGACGACCAUCCAAGCACCUACCAAGUUGUUGAGGCUCGAUUUAGGCGAGGCUGGCUCCACUUUGGCUAGAUCCUGUGGGGAAACGACCAUCCAACCUCCUACUAAGGUAGCCGACGCUCGAAGGAACAGCGUCAAGGACUCGAGAGACAACAGAGACACCAGGGAUAGCGCCAGCGAGGGGCACACAAUGGCCGAGAGGGAUCUGGGAAGCACGCUUCGACUUCCGGCUCAGCAUCCGCCUCUUUAUAGCCCGGACAGGAUCAGCGAUCGGGAAUCAAACUUUGACUCUCUCUAGGCAUCGAAGAUCGUACGAUUAUUAUAAAAAAAAAAAAAAGGAAAAGGAUCCGG